AUGACUCGGUUCUCGCCAGCUGGUUUUCUAGUCUCUUCAUCUCUUUUUAUCACUCCAGUGUUAAGCUACGAGGCAUAUGUUAUUAAAGUCCCUAACGGUGCAAAUGUCGAUGGUGUGAAAGCGAUUGGCCAUACAAAUUCUGGUGGAGGUGGCGCUAGAAACGCAUUUGGCAUAAAAUUUAGUGAUGCCGGUCACACAUGGACGACGGAGCUUUGCACGGAAGACUCGGAUGGUGAUGGACAAACGAAUGGUGAGGAACUUGGUGAUCCAUGUUGUGAGUGGACAUCAGAGUCUGCGAAAGCUGCUCUUUGGUCUAGUGGCGUCUCAAAUCCGGGAGAUGCUGCGAGUACUUCUGACGAGACGUUAUGGCCAACGUAUAAUUGCUCAACUUCUGCGACUAACUCCAGCGGCAAUUCAACAACGAACACUAAAGCUGACUCUCCGUCAUCAACAGCAAAAGCGGUUUGGAGUGGUCCUGCUGUUAUAAUUUUAGCUGGUUUGUUAACGCUUAUGGCAGCAAAUGUUUAA